UAGGAGUAUUGAAAUAACGUUGCCCUUUUCAUAUAAUCGUGCGUGGAAGAGUUGCCGAAGUAGGACGCGGAGGAGCAAUUUUUUGAUCGGAGCCUUCUUCCUCGUAUUCUUGAAUCAGCGAAAGUACUGAAAAUCUUAAAUUUUUUUUCUCUGUGAACUAAUCGAUUGACCGCUCCAUCGAUGUUGAGGUUAUGGAGAUUGUACCAGAAAUGCAUGGAGGUGCAUCCGGUGAAGACCCAGGUGAUCAGUUCGGGGAUCCUCUGGGGAUUGGGGGAUAUCGGUGCUCAGGCCGUCACACAUUCGACCUUGAAGAAUAAGCAGAAAAACCAACUUGUCGAGAAAGAAUUUAAGAUCAAUUGGCAACGGGUGGGUAUCACAAGCAUGUUUGGAUUUGCGUUUGUUGGGCCAGUUGGAAAUUACUGGUACGAAUACUUGGACAGAUUUAUCAGACUUCAACUUAAGCUGCAACCUAAAACUCCUAAGUUUGUCGCAGCCAAAGUUGCUGGUGAUUGCCUCCUUUUUGGACCAUUAGAUCUACUAAUAUUUUUCUCAUACAUUGGAUUUGCUUCUGGGAAAAAUGUGGAACAAGUGAAGGAAGAUGUUAAGAGGGACUUUCUUCCAAGCCUGGUAAUUGGUGGAGGAAUUUGGCCACUUGUUCAGAUUGCAAAUUUCAGAUAUGUCCCAGUCAGGUACCAACUUCUCUAUGUAAAUUUCUUUUGUCUUAUAGACAGCUGCUUCUUGUCAUGGAUUGAGCAGCAAGGAGACGCUGCUUGGAAGCAGUGGUUUAAAUCUUUUAUUUCUCUAGAAAAUCAAGAAGGUUAGCCUAAAUUUUGAAAGUACUUUUUUAGGUUCAAACUUGCACUUCUUUCUGCAUUUCUGUUUAUGAAUUGAGAAUCAAAUGCAAUUGCAUUAUUUUCUGUAUAUCCAUUUAUAGUGAUAGUGAUUUGGAUUAAGCUGACAUUAUUACAAAAGAGCGAUGGAAACGAACUCUGUUGUUAUUUUCUCAUGUUUAUUUAAUCUAAAUGGAAAUG